AUGCCACCUGGUUAAUUGUAAGCAUUAAUAUGAUAAAUUUUAGACAGAAGAACAAAUAAUAAUAACAAUCUGUGUUGACACCUUAAAAAUUAGAAUUAUUAAAAGAGAAUCGUAAGCUGCUAAGUCACAUAUUCAAUCUAGGAAAUUUACAUGGGCAGCACAAUCUUCAUAGGGCUAUGCUUAGGUAUUACUUUUCUUUUAUAAUCUUAAUAGAAUGAGAGCAGCAAUGAUCGAGAAAAAAAUUGAUGUUUCUAAGAUUUCCACAAAAAUUAAAGGAAAGAUUGUGUCUUAGCUAUUGAGAUAUGAAAGUCAUACAUCACUUCAUGAGGCAUUUUUGAGGUAAAACAAUAAAUUUAUAAGUAAGAUGGAAAGUACGAGCUGAUCCUGAAAUCGUUAAGAAAGCUGUUGAUUAAAUUCUUCUCAAUUCAAGACUAAAUGAAUUCAAUGCUUUUCACAAGUUAAAAAAUCUUUUAGGGUAUUAUAUUAUUUAUGUAUUUUUAGACAAAAAGAUCCUCUAAAAAAAAUGAAUGCAAAAAAAAGAAAAAAUAUGUGUUUAAUGAACUUGGCUCUUUUCCUAUAAAAGAAAGAUUUCUAAUUAAAAACUGCUGCUAUCUCUGCUUUAAAACCAAAAAAUUAAGAUUCUGAUAAAAUGCUUGGAUUACUACUUUGGAGCAUUAGUUCUAAACAUAGAGAAAGAUACUUAAGAGAGAAAUUUAACUGGUGGAGGCUUUUUUCAAAAAUAAAAUCAGAUAAAUUGCAAAAAUAAUUGAAAGCACUUGAAAGGUUAGGAGAAGAAUACAACAUGAGAAACGAUCGAUUAGAUAGAUAAAGACUUAAAGAAGUAUCAAAUAUUAAAUUAUCUUUAGUAUUUUGAAAAAUGGAGGGGAGAUUUAAUGAACUUUAGACUUAAAAAAAAGUUUUUCAGUGUAUUACUAAAAACUACUUUUGGUAGAUUAUAGAGAUGUUAUACUAGAUGGGUUGAUCUACCUGAUAAAAGAGAAAAUGAUAUGAAAAAGUAAGGAAUGUUAUUAAUUACGAAAUUAACAAAUAAAGCUGAUUAAAAUAAACGAUUAGUUUGGAAUUCUUUUAAGGCUAUUGAUGAUGAUGCUAAAAAUAAGAAAACUAAAGUCAUAAGAGAAUUAAUAGAAGUUACAUUUAAUCAAUCCUAUACAGCUUUCUAUAAAUGGGCAAAUUAUAAUACAUAUGCUAAAUUAACAGAAACAAACCUAAAAAAAAUUAAGGCUCUUUAAGCUAGUGCUAAUGUGACUUAAUAAUUAGUCAAGUAAGAAACAUUCAAAUUUUUUGGAUUGAGUAAAAAAGCUGAAAUAUGUUAAUUUUUAAAUAAGCUGAUUUUAAAGAUACAAUAAAGACAAAAAAUUGAUGCUUUAAGAUAAAUAGAAAAUGUUUCUAUGCAAAAAAAAAUGCAAGAAAAAUUAGAUAAUAUAAAUAAACAGGAAAUAAUUUCAAGAUUAGGGGAUACAGCUAAUAAAACAGAGAAAGGUUUGCUUAGAUAAGUCUUAAGGAAAUUUGCAGCCUUGAGAGAAUAACAAGAAAUUAAAAAUAAGUAUUUUGGUAGAAUUAUUUUGACAACAAGUGGGAUGGCUAUGGAAGCUUUUCGUAAAUGGAAAUAGUUGCCUGAUCCAUCUGAAUAAUAAAUGUUGCAAAACGUUUCAAAAUUCUAACUUAGACUUCAAUUCCUUUUUAAAUAAAGAGUAAAAUAAUCUUUCGAUCCUCUAAAAGAAGUUUAUUAUUAAGGCAUCUAAUCUAAAAAAUUAUGUAUCAAAUAGAUGUUAGUCAAAUAAUUAAGUGCACCUUAAAGAUUUCUACGCUAAUGGCAAUCAAUGAACAAAAUCUAUAAAUCUGUUAUAGCUUGCUAAAAAACUAAUAACUUUUUUGAUUCUUUAUAAGAUAUUAUGAAAAAUAAUAUAAGAGCCUUUUUAUACACUAGAAAAGAUGCUGAAAUGAAGGAAAAGUGCUUGGUAAAAUUAAUGUCUUCAUUUACUAAUAAUUUAAUGAUUGCGUUUUUAAAAUGGAAAAAUUACAAUAAACAAUAAAAAAUUUCAGAAUAGAUGGGAGAUGAGAAAAGAAAGUUUAUGUUAAUCAAUCUACAAAGAUUCAUUAAAAAUGACAACUUGAAUCGAUUAAGAAGAAUUUUAAAGCUCUUUUAUAAUGAAAACUAAGUAAAUUAAUUAAUCAAAAAAAUUCAUUUAAGAGUUCUUCAAACUUAAAUAGGAUAAGUUGAAUUAUCAUUUUUAAAAUGGAAAUAAUUGCCUGGAGAUGAAGCAUUGAAAAAUUAAGCUAAAGUAAGUAAAUUCGCUAUUUCUCUUGGUAAAAUUGCUUUUCGAUUUGUGAAAUUAAAUUCUUGGGAUUAAUUAGAGAAUGAGUUAUUAGAUGGAUAAGCUAAAAAGAAAUUUUGCAUAAACAAAAUAAUUGCUGUCACCUAAAGCGACUUAAAAAAAGCAUUCUUAUUAUGGCAUCGAAAAGCUUGGGAAAUGAAAAUGUUUGAUAAAUUUUCCUAACUUAAUGUUACAUUAAAUGAUUAAAUCGUCAAGUAGAAAUUGAUUGGAUGGAUUAAUGCUGGAUCUAAAGUAAAGUUUUAUGCUUUAACCGAAGUAUUAAGAAGAUUCAAUCAAAAUGCUAUUGAAAAUAAUCUCAAAAGAAAGGCUUUAGCAAUAAUAAAUAGAAAUACCAUUUCAUAAGUUUGGUUAUCAUUCAAUAAAUGGAAAUAAAUACCUGAAGAUAAUAAUGAUCUAAAAAUUAAAGCAAGUAUUUUUGAAUAAUCUUUAAAUAAAUUUUCAAUUCAUAUUUUGAAAAAACACACAUGGAAUCCUUUAUAAGAAGUGUAUGAUGAUGCUUUGGCAAUUAAGAAAAGGGCUGUUUUAUUGAUGAUUAAAACUUAAGAAUCUGAAUAAUAAAGAACAUUAGAUUAGUGGAAUAAAAAUGUUUCAUUAAUCCGAGAAGUUGAGAAAUGCAAAAUUGUGAUAAAUUUAUUCGGAUUUUUAGGAUAACAUAUCAAAAGCAAUAUUGCACCAUUGAAACCUGAUGAAGAAUCUUAAAAGAAAGAAAGAGCAUUACUAAGACUUAUUGGAAACUUUGAUAGUAAUUUAAGAUAUUUCUUUAUGAAAUGGUACAAUGAUGGAAAAUUAGAAAAAUUAUAAGGAGCAAUGACAGAUGAGAAAAAGAAAUUAUUAUUGGAAGCUAUAUCUAAUUUCUCUAAAAAUAAUGAUUUUGCUAGAUUAAGAGCAAUUCUUGCUAAAUUCAGAAGAAAUUCAAGCAUAACUGCAGUUUAAGAUAGAUUCUUUGCUAAAUUGUUUGCUACUCAAUUUGGAGGUGCUAUUAUGGCAUUCCAAAAAUGGAAGAAUUUACCAGAACCAAUUAAUACUGAAUAAUUAAAGAAUGCAAGAAAAUUUGAAAGAACUUUAGAUAUUUUAUUCCAUAGUCACUUAAAAGUUUCAUUUGAUCCAUUAAAAGAGGAUUACAUGGAUGCUUAAAAUAUAAAGAGAAUGUGUCUAAGAAAAUUAUUUGAAAAGAGUAUGAGUGCUCAUAAAAGAUUAUUCUUACUUUGGGUUUAAUAGAAUAGAUAAGCUAAAUAAAUUGAAGUUUGUAGGUUGACUACAAAUAUGUUUGUUUGCUUAGCUUAAAUUGUAACUGCUAAUGUUCAACCUAUAAUGUAAAAUCCUCGUGAAGCAUAAGCAAAAGAAAAAGCUCUUCAUUUAAUUUUCUAAGGUUAAACUGAAAACUUAAGCAGAGCAUUCUUUUUAUGGAGAAAUAGAGCUUAAUAGGAAAGAAUGAAUUAGAACUUUGAAGAUGCUUUAACUAUUGAGAAGAAGAAAAAAUUAACUGAAUAAUUAGUUUAAUUUGAAAGUGGAAAUAAAUUUGCACUCUACAGAGCAAUUUUGGCUAAGUUCUCUUUGGCACAUAAAAAAGAGAAAUUGGUUCUUCAAAUUAAUGCAAGAAUUUUAAGAACUUAAAUUGGAGUAGUUUGGGAUUCAUUUAACAGAUGGAAAACUUUACCUGAAGCUAAUGCUGAAGAUUUAAUUAAAGCAAGUAAAUUUGAAGCACAAUUAAACAAAUUUGCCUUACAUAUUUGGAGAAAGAAGACUUGGAAUCCUCUUUAGGAAGUUUAUGAUGAUGCAUAAGCUCUUAAAAAGAGAGCAAUCAUCUUAAUGAUCAAAACUUAAGAAUCUGAAUAAUAAAGAGCUUUGGAUUAAUGGAACAAAAAUGUUGGUUUAAUUAAAGAAGUUGAAAGAUGCAAAUGUGUUAUUGGAUUGUUUGGAUUUAUAGGUUUACAUAUUAAAAAUAAUGUUGCCCCAUUAAAACCAGAUGAAGAAUCUCAAAAGAAAGAAAAAGCAUUACUAAGAUUAAUUGGAAACUUUGAUAGUAAUUUAAGAUAUUUCUUUAUGAAAUGGUACAACGAUGGAAAAUUAGAAAAAUUAUAAGGAGCAAUGACAGAUGAGAAAAAGAAAUUAUUAUUGGAAGCUAUAUCUAAUUUCUCUAAAAAUAAUGAUUUUGCUAGAUUAAGAGCAAUUCUUGCUAAAUUCAGAAGAAAUUCAAGCAUAACUGCAGUUUAAGAUAGAUUCUUUGCUAAGUUGUUUGCUACUCAAUUUGGAGGUGCUAUUAUGGCAUUCCAAAAAUGGAAGAAUUUACCAGAACCAAUUAAUACUGAAUAAUUAAAGAAUGCAAGAAAAUUUGAAAGAACUUUAGAUAUUUUAUUCCAUAGUCACUUAAAAGUUUCAUUUGAUCCAUUAAAAGAGGAUUACAUGGAUGCUUAAAAUAUAAAGAGAAUGUGUCUAAGAAAAUUAUUUGAAAAGAGUAUGAGUGCUCAUAAAAGAUUAUUCUUACUUUGGGUUUAAUAGAAUAGAUAAGCUAAAUAAAUUGAAGUUUGUAGGUUGACUACAAAUAUGUUUGUUUGCUUAGCUUAAAUUGUAACUGCUAAUGUUCAACCUAUAAUGUAAAAUCCUCGUGAAGCAUAAGCAAAAGAAAAAGCUCUUCAUUUAAUUUUCUAAGGUUAAACUGAAAACUUAAGCAGAGCAUUCUUUUUAUGGAGAAAUAGAGCUUAAUAGGAAAGAAUGAAUUAGAACUUUGAAGAUGCUUUAACUAUUGAGAAGAAGAAAAAAUUAACUGAAUAAUUAGUUUAAUUUGAAAGUGGAAAUAAAUUUGCACUCUACAGAGCAAUUUUGGCUAAGUUCUCUUUGGCACAUAAAAAAGAGAAAUUGGUUCUUCAAAUUAAUGCAAGAAUUUUAAGAACUUAAAUUGGAGUAGUUUGGGAUUCAUUUAACAGAUGGAAAACUUUACCUGAAGCUAAUGCUGAAGAUUUAAUUAAAGCAAGUAAAUUUGAAGCACAAUUAAACAAAUUUGCCUUACAUAUUUGGAGAAAGAAGACUUGGAAUCCUCUUUAGGAAGUUUAUGAUGAUGCAUAAGCUCUUAAAAAGAGAGCAAUCAUCUUAAUGAUCAAAACUUAAGAAUCUGAAUAAUAAAGAGCUUUGGAUUAAUGGAACAAAAAUGUUGGUUUAAUUAAAGAAGUUGAAAGAUGCAAAUGUGUUAUUGGAUUGUUUGGAUUUAUAGGUUUACAUAUUAAAAAUAAUGUUGCCCCAUUAAAACCAGAUGAAGAAUCUCAAAAGAAAGAAAAAGCAUUACUAAGAUUAAUUGGAAACUUUGAUAGUAAUUUAAGAUAUUUCUUUAUGAAAUGGUACAACGAUGGAAAAUUAGAAAAAUUAUAAGGAGCAAUGACAGAUGAGAAAAAGAAAUUAUUAUUGGAAGCUAUAUCUAAUUUCUCUAAAAAUAAUGAUUUUGCUAGAUUAAGAGCAAUUCUUGCUAAAUUCAGAAGAAAUUCAAGCAUAACUGCAGUUUAAGAUAGAUUCUUUGCUAAGUUGUUUGCUACUCAAUUUGGAGGUGCUAUUAUGGCAUUCCAAAAAUGGAAGAAUUUACCAGAACCAAUUAAUACUGAAUAAUUAAAGAAUGCAAGAAAAUUUGAAAGAACUUUAGAUAUUUUAUUCCAUAGUCACUUAAAAGUUUCAUUUGAUCCAUUAAAAGAGGAUUACAUGGAUGCUUAAAAUAUAAAGAGAAUGUGUCUAAGAAAAUUAUUUGAAAAGAGUAUGAGUGCUCAUAAAAGAUUAUUCUUACUUUGGGUUUAAUAGAAUAGAUAAGCUAAAUAAAUUGAAGUUUGUAGGUUGACUACAAAUAUGUUUGUUUGCUUAGCUUAAAUUGUAACUGCUAAUGUUCAACCUAUAAUGUAAAAUCCUCGUGAAGCAUAAGCAAAAGAAAAAGCUCUUCAUUUAAUUUUCUAAGGUUAAACUGAAAACUUAAGCAGAGCAUUCUUUUUAUGGAGAAAUAGAGCUUAAUAGGAAAGAAUGAAUUAGAACUUUGAAGAUGCUUUAACUAUUGAGAAGAAGAAAAAAUUAACUGAAUAAUUAGUUUAAUUUGAAAGUGGAAAUAAAUUUGCACUCUACAGAGCAAUUUUGGCUAAGUUCUCUUUGGCACAUAAAAAAGAGAAAUUGGUUCUUCAAAUUAAUGCAAGAAUUUUAAGAACUUAAAUUGGAGUAGUUUGGGAUUCAUUUAACAGAUGGAAAACUUUACCUGAAGCUAAUGCUGAAGAUUUAAUUAAAGCAAGUAAAUUUGAAGCACAAUUAAACAAAUUUGCCUUACAUAUUUGGAGAAAGAAGACUUGGAAUCCUCUUUAGGAAGUUUAUGAUGAUGCAUAAGCUCUUAAAAAGAGAGCAAUCAUCUUAAUGAUCAAAACUUAAGAAUCUGAAUAAUAAAGAGCUUUGGAUUAAUGGAACAAAAAUGUUGGUUUAAUUAAAGAAGUUGAAAGAUGCAAAUGUGUUAUUGGAUUGUUUGGAUUUAUAGGUUUACAUAUUAAAAAUAAUGUUGCCCCAUUAAAACCAGAUGAAGAAUCUCAAAAGAAAGAAAAAGCAUUACUAAGAUUAAUUGGAAACUUUGAUAGUAAUUUAAGAUAUUUCUUUAUGAAAUGGUACAACGAUGGAAAAUUAGAAAAAUUAUAAGGAGCAAUGACAGAUGAGAAAAAGAAAUUAUUAUUGGAAGCUAUAUCUAAUUUCUCUAAAAAUAAUGAUUUUGCUAGAUUAAGAGCAAUUCUUGCUAAAUUCAGAAGAAAUUCAAGCAUAACUGCAGUUUAAGAUAGAUUCUUUGCUAAGUUGUUUGCUACUCAAUUUGGAGGUGCUAUUAUGGCAUUCCAAAAAUGGAAGAAUUUACCAGAACCAAUUAAUACUGAAUAAUUAAAGAAUGCAAGAAAAUUUGAAAGAACUUUAGAUAUUUUAUUCCAUAGUCACUUAAAAGUUUCAUUUGAUCCAUUAAAAGAGGAUUACAUGGAUGCUUAAAAUAUAAAGAGAAUGUGUCUAAGAAAAUUAUUUGAAAAGAGUAUGAGUGCUCAUAAAAGAUUAUUCUUACUUUGGGUUUAAUAGAAUAGAUAAGCUAAAUAAAUUGAAGUUUGUAGGUUGACUACAAAUAUGUUUGUUUGCUUAGCUUAAAUUGUAACUGCUAAUGUUCAACCUAUAAUGUAAAAUCCUCGUGAAGCAUAAGCAAAAGAAAAAGCUCUUCAUUUAAUUUUCUAAGGUUAAACUGAAAACUUAAGCAGAGCAUUCUUUUUAUGGAGAAAUAGAGCUUAAUAGGAAAGAAUGAAUUAGAACUUUGAAGAUGCUUUAACUAUUGAGAAGAAGAAAAAAUUAACUGAAUAAUUAGUUUAAUUUGAAAGUGGAAAUAAAUUUGCACUCUACAGAGCAAUUUUGGCUAAGUUCUCUUUGGCACAUAAAAAAGAGAAAUUGGUUCUUCAAAUUAAUGCAAGAAUUUUAAGAACUUAAAUUGGAGUAGUUUGGGAUUCAUUUAACAGAUGGAAAACUUUACCUGAAGCUAAUGCUGAAGAUUUAAUUAAAGCAAGUAAAUUUGAAGCACAAUUAAACAAAUUUGCCUUACAUAUUUGGAGAAAGAAGACUUGGAAUCCUCUUUAGGAAGUUUAUGAUGAUGCAUAAGCUCUUAAAAAGAGAGCAAUCAUCUUAAUGAUCAAAACUUAAGAAUCUGAAUAAUAAAGAGCUUUGGAUUAAUGGAACAAAAAUGUUGGUUUAAUUAAAGAAGUUGAAAGAUGCAAAUGUGUUAUUGGAUUGUUUGGAUUUAUAGGUUUACAUAUUAAAAAUAAUGUUGCCCCAUUAAAACCAGAUGAAGAAUCUCAAAAGAAAGAAAAAGCAUUACUAAGAUUAAUUGGAAACUUUGAUAGUAAUUUAAGAUAUUUCUUUAUGAAAUGGUACAACGAUGGAAAAUUAGAAAAAUUAUAAGGAGCAAUGACAGAUGAGAAAAAGAAAUUAUUAUUGGAAGCUAUAUCUAAUUUCUCUAAAAAUAAUGAUUUUGCUAGAUUAAGAGCAAUUCUUGCUAAAUUCAGAAGAAAUUCAAGCAUAACUGCAGUUUAAGAUAGAUUCUUUGCUAAGUUGUUUGCUACUCAAUUUGGAGGUGCUAUUAUGGCAUUCCAAAAAUGGAAGAAUUUACCAGAACCCAUUAAUACAGAAUAAUUAAAGAAUGCAAGAAAAUUUGAAAGAACUUUAGAUCAACUUUUUAGAGGUCGUGUAAAACUCUCUUUUGAACCUUUAAAAGAUAUCUUUUAAGAUGGAAAUAGCAAAAAGUUGUAUUGUUUAAGAAAAUUAUUGACCCUUGCUAUGGGUUAAAAUAAAAGAUUAUUCUUAUAUUGGAGAGACAUAAAUAAAUUACAUAAGUAAAUUGAAACUUGCAAACAUACCACAAAUUUGUUUUAAGUUCUUUCUAUUACAUUAGCUGGCCAUGUGUAGACAAUAUUUAAACCAAAUAAAUUAUAAGAAAGUGUCUUGAAUAGAAUGAUUAUGAAUUAUAACAAUUCUUUUAGAUGGGCCUUCAUCAGAUGGAAUAAUUAUACCAAGUAAGCAAAGAUAUAAUCUUAACUUGAUGAUGAAAAGAAAAGGUUGCUAUUAUUUGCUCUCCAUAGAAAUUUAAGAACAAAUGAUUAAGGGAAAUUAAGAGAUAUUUUAAGAAAGUUCUAAUAAGAAAGAAAGAAUAAAGAAUUAAUUAAAAAGAUAUAAAUUUAGUUAUUACAUACAUUGGUAGGGUAGAUUGGUGUUUCCUUCUAAAAGUGGAAAGCACUUCCUGAUACUAAAGAAUUAGAUUAAAUGAAAGCAAGCGUAUUUGAAAAAUCGCUUAAUCGAUUCAAAAUUCAUAUGGUUAGAAAGACAGCUUUUAAUUAAUUUUAAAAUAUUUAUUUAGAUGGAUAAGCAAAAUAAAAAUAUGCAAUCAAUAAAAUGUUAUAUAACUGUAUGAGUGCUUAAAAGAAAGCAUUUUUGAAAUGGUACAAGGUUGUUGAAUUUAGCAGAGCGGCAGAAGCUUUCACAAUUUCUGAUAAGAAGAAACUGGCAAUAUAAUUAUUCUAUCAACACAAAAUGAAUUAAAUGAAUGUUGCCUUUGUUGAAUGGAAACGUUUAUCAUCUAGUUUAACAAAUAAAAAGGAAUCUGCUUAAGAUAGAGAGACUAGAUUAAAGAGAGAAGCAAUUCUGUUAUUCUAAAGCUUUGCAUAGAUAAAAUUAAGAAUAUAUUUCUAAAGAUGGAAUAUUAGAACUGUUAAAAAGAAUAUGAUCUCAGUAUUUAAUGCAAUAUAAAAAUUACUGUUGUUUAAUAUGAAAUAAGAUAAAGAGUUAAUGAAAGAAGCAUUGGAUAUUUGGAGAGGACCUAAACUAUAAAAUUAAUGGUUCUAAAGAGUGGCUGAGAUGAUAGCAAAGAAUUCAAGAAUUACUCCAUAAAUUGCCUUUUGGAGGAUGAGAGAUAAUGCAACUACAUAGAAGGCUGUUAGUUUAAAUACUUUAUAAAUAGUUAAAUGCAAAAAGUUGAUAAACAAUUUGUUAAAAGCAUAUGACAGAGUCAGAUAAAGAGCAUUUACAAAUAUUGAACAUUUUGGAAGAGGAAUAACUGAUGCAAGUUCAUUCUAACCAUCACAUUCAAGUUUCUUAUAAUAAACACCUGUUAGAGAUUCUUAGAGUAAGUCAUAAAUGGAAUCAAUUAUAUUAAAGAAUAGUUAAUAGGUGGCACUUAAUACUUUAUAAAGAGUAUUCAAAAGACAUUUGAAAUUAAGAUUCACUGAAUUAAUUUUGAUUGCUUCCCAAUCAUAAAGAUUAGGCGAAUAAAUGUUGAAGAGUACUAUUUAACCAACUCAAUAUAAAUUCAUUCAUAAAAAAAUGGCAACUGAAAAAUUGAUUGGCAUAAUUGAAAGAAAUGUCUAAUUAAAAGAAUUAGUAUUUUUCAAUUCUAUGGCUAAUGUAUAAUUUUAUUUUAAUUUUAGAAAACUGACCCAGAUUUGCUCAAAAGAAUGAAUGAAUUAAUUGAAGAAAAUAGUAAAUUAAGAGAUUAAGCUACUAAUGACGAGACUAAUAAUUCUAAAGAUUAAUAUAUCUAAGACUAAUAAAGAUUAAUAUCAGAUUUGAAUACAAGAAUUGAUAGAAUAAGAGCAUAAAGGUAUAAAUAUCUAAAUAUAAACUAGAAUAUAUAAACUUUUAGAAUAAUAUAUGAAUUAAAAUCUUUAUGAUAGUCUAAUGAUGCUUUCAGAAUAUAAAUAAGAAUGA